GGCCCAGAGCGGAGUCUGCGGGGAAGGCGGAGGAGGGGAUCUGCGGGCGCCAGGGCGGGGAAGGGGUUAACUUUACACCCGCCGACAUUUUUCCUUGAGAGGAGAAAGAGGGAGCGCUCGCUGGCCCGCCGGCCGGCCGCGUGGAGCCCGAGUCCCCUCCCUUCCCUUCGGAGAAGCCGCCCCGAGGCCCCUCAGCCCGGCCGCCUUCGCUUCCCGCCCGCGUCGCGCUUCCCCGCCCCCCCCAAAUGCCUUUAAAUUCACCCGGCGAAAGGGUUAAACCUUUUCCUGAAGCGCCUCGGCGCGCGCACACGAUGCCUGCCUGCCCUCCCUCCCUCCCUCCCACCCACCGCGGCCCCUUCCCUUUUAACUUCUUUUAACUGCCCCAUAGAUGUGUAGGGCGCAUGGCGGCGGUGGCCCUUCCCCGAGGAUUCCCUGUUUCUGUUCGCCAAAGGGCAGCGAGGGAGGCGGGAACCCUGCCGCCGCCUCUGCACAACAGCCAGUCGCUAAGGGCCCGGCGGGCAUUACGGGAGGGUGGGCGAGCGGGUGGGCGACGUGAAGGUAUGCGGGAGCCGGGGCUUCCUGUGCUGCAGGGCAGAGUCGCCCUCUCCGCUCCCCGGGCCAGGCAUGGUUGUGAGCCCUUUCUGCACGUGGCUAGGUUUCCUUCCUGAUAGGCGUGUCGGCCUAAAAUGUAUGUCCCUGCGCAGAAUCUCAGAAGGGGGGUAGAGUUGGAAGGGACCGCGGGGGUCACCUGGCCCAAGGCCUUGCAGUGCAGGAGUCUCUUGCUCGACGUGGGGCUUGAACCCACGACCCUCAGAUUGAGUCUCGUGCUCUACCAACUGUGCUCGUUUGCCAGAUCUACGGUGAAGCAAAGGAUAAUUACCAGGAAAGCAUACCAACAAAUUUCCUGAAGAAGAGAAAAAGCUUCUGGUACUUAUUGUGUGGGAAUCAUGUCUGUCCGGGAGUCCUUUAACCCAGAAAGUUAUGAACUUGACAAGAGCUUUCGGCUAACAAGAUUCACUGAACUUAAAGGCACUGGCUGUAAAGUGCCUCAGGACAUUUUACAGAAAUUGCUUGAAUCUCUACAAGAAAAUCACUUCCAGGAAGAUGAACAGUUUUUGGGAGCUGUUAUGCCUAGAUUGGGAAUUGGAAUGGACACUUGUGUUAUUCCUUUAAGACAUGGAGGCCUAUCUCUGGUCCAGACAACAGAUUACAUUUAUCCUAUUGUGGAUGAUCCUUAUAUGAUGGGACGUAUAGCCUGUGCCAAUGUUCUUAGUGAUCUUUAUGCUAUGGGAGUCACUGAGUGUGACAACAUGUUGAUGCUGCUUGGAAUAAGUAAUAAAAUGACAGAUAGGGAAAGGGACAAAGUAAUGCCUCUAAUUAUCCAAGGUUUCAAAGAUGCUGCAGAAGAGGCAGGAACAUCAGUGACUGGUGGUCAGACAGUAUUAAACCCUUGGAUUGUUUUAGGAGGAGUGGCCACAACAGUCUGCCAGCCUAAUGAGUUUAUAAUGCCAGACAAUGCAGUGCCAGGAGACGUGCUUGUGUUAACUAAACCCUUGGGAACGCAGGUUGCUGUAGCUGUCCACCAGUGGCUAGAUAUUCCAGAAAAAUGGAAUAAAAUCAAGCUGGUCGUUACACAAGAAGAUGUGGAGCUAGCCUAUCAAGAAGCAAUGAUGAAUAUGGCAAGACUCAACAGAACAGCUGCAGGACUGAUGCACACAUUCAAUGCACAUGCAGCCACAGACAUCACAGGCUUUGGAAUCCUGGGGCAUGCACAAAAUUUAGCCAAGCAGCAACGCAAUGAGGUUUCUUUUGUUAUACACAAUCUUCCUGUUCUUGCCAAAAUGGCUGCAGUCAGCAAGGCGUGUGGCAACAUGUUUGGCCUUAUGCAUGGGACGUGUCCUGAGACUUCAGGAGGACUCCUUAUUUGUUUACCACGUGAACAGGCAGCACGUUUCUGCGCUGAAAUCAAGUCUCCAAAAUAUGGUGAAGGUCACCAGGCAUGGAUUAUUGGGAUUGUAGAAAAGGGCAACCGCACUGCCAGGAUUAUAGACAAACCUCGAAUCAUUGAGGUAGCACCACAAGUGGCUACUCAGAACGUGAACCCAACGCCUGGAGCAACUUCUUAAUCUAGAUGAAAUAGCUUUUUUUAAAUAGAUCUAUUCCUUUACCAUUUUACAGCCUAAAGAACUGUAAAAAAGAGAAAAAGAAACACAUUGUGUCUGAAAAUCUGGUGGCCUUAGGUCAGUUUGAGUGGAUGCGUUUAAUAAAAUAAAACCCAUUGCCUUUUUUCCUGUUACAUUAACUGAAGAUGCACCUAAUCUUGAGGCAGCUUCUGAGUUGAGAAUUAUAUUGUUAUCCAAUACUGUUGAUUCAUUUUGAAUCUUUAGACACUUAUCUCUCGCCGCAUAGGCUCUUUUUAAAAAAGGUGCUUUCACGUAGCACAGACAUUACCAAUAGUGGUGUCAAAUAGCAGUUUAUGUCCUUUUUCACUAUGUGUAUAUUUAUCAUUAGGUCUAAUUUCAGAUGCCUUGAAUGAAAUUCCAGGAAGGCAAUAAAUUUGAUAAAGUGAUGCACAGAGCUUUUAUCCAUUAGCCAAGAGGGUUGCAUGUCUACAGUCAAUCUUUGAUUUGUAAAAGUCUUAUCCGUGCGCAUCUAAAACCCUGGACAUUGCUUGGUUAUACAUUCUGCUAAAAACAAGCAAGUGCUGACUUUGCAUGGAAGCACUUCAGAGUUGAAGGGAAAAAAUAAUUUUCUUCUUUGUAGAUCAGACAAUAUUUACCUGUAUUAUCAAUAAUUGUUUCCUUUAUUGAUAGCAUAAAUGACAAUUCUCAGUUUUGCAAUGUGAUUGGGUGUGCUAUAGAGCAACAAGGUAUCGCCAGCCAAACAGGUUAUUGUAUAAUCAUUUACAAUUCACUAUAUGAUUAACUACACAAAUAAUUUUUAAAUAUAACCAAUUUAAAAAACUGUUUUGUGGAUGGUAGUGUUUAAUACAUUUUAUAUUUUGUAUAGUGAUUAUUAUAAAUCUUUUUGUUUUUUGUUUUCUUAAAUCAGCUGUCUAGUAUAAUGCCUAGUAUUUUUGUUCUCUGCUCAAAAUUCAUUUUUGUGCACGCUUUUGUGAUGUGUUUAAUAUCUGCAUUGCCAACAUUUCAGCCUGAACUUAAGCUUAUUAUUUGAAUAAAUAUUUAAUUUUUUUACUGCUCUUGUACAAAUCGAUGACUUUUAACAUUUUAUGCCUAAGCUUACUGUGGGUGAAAGGUGGCGAGUAGGUUAUUAUGCCAUUUAGAAUUAUGGUAUUGACAUUUAAUAAUCCGUGAGAAGUGAAAGCAGUUAUAUCCAAUAGCUAUUUUGGAGUUAAAUUGCCUGUAAAAGUGCAAUCCUAUACUCGUUUACCUAGGAGCUCCAGUGAGCUCAGUGGGACUUGUAUUCAGAAAUAGACAUGCAUUGGAUUAUAAAUUCUAGAAUGCGGCAUCUAAAGGGGGUUCAUUUCUUUUCAAGAGAAUGAAUGUGGAAGCCAUAGGGCUGCAUACAGUUAUGGGUGAGUUGGCUAAAUUACAUCCUGCCAUUAUAAAGAGGGAGGAUGGAGAGUAAGUUCUAUAGCUUAUGGUUGGAAAAAUAAAUGAUUUCAAAGGAGAGGUAAGACUGAGGGUGAUUGGUGCAUGUGAGUGUGGUUUAUCUCACUCACUACUGGCAUGCAGCUCUUUUGCAAAGGCGGGUAAGUAACCAAUGUUUUAAAAAUAUUCUAUAUUGAAUACCAUAUACAGUGGUCCCUUGACUUACGAAUGACUCGACAUCCGUAGGUUUCGACUUACGAACGGGACAAAUGGCCGCACGCUUACGAAUUUUUCUACAUCCGAACGGAAACUGUUGGCGGUUUUUUAUGCGGUUUCCUCGACUUACAAAUUUUUUCGAAUUUUUUUUUCCUAUGGGAAGCCGCGCUUUGACUUACGAACUUUUCAACCUAUGAAUGUGCAUUCGGAACGGAUUAAGUUUGUAAGUUGAGGGACCACUGUACAGGACAGUUAAAAGAAAACUACAAAAUGGUGUUGGAAAGUAUUUCCUAAGACCCAAGCCCCAGAGGAGGCUUUAAUUUUAUUCU